UGCGGAGUGGAGCCUGGCCCAGGCCCACGCCUCGCCCGCUCAGUCCGUCGAUAGCCGCGGCGUAGCGCGCACCGAGUGCGGCCCAGGCGCAGCCGAGGCGCAGCCCAGGCACAGCCCAGGCGCAGCCGAGGCGCAGCCCAGGCGAAGCCCAGGCACAGCCCAGGCACAGCCCAGGCCAGCCAGGUCCGCGUGUGCACUCAAGGGGUGGCCGAGGCAUCCGCCGCGACCAGCGGGGACCACAGCAUCCUCCCCGCCGACGUCGUCGUGGACCCCGCGCCACGCGCCGUCCUGCAGCCCAACGUGAUCCCGCGCGGCCAGGCCACGAGGGCGCCCCCCAUGAGGCCGCCCAGGGCGAGCGGGGCCGGGCGCGGGCCCCGGGACCGCCCCGGGACAGUGUAGCGACGGUGCAGGGCGCGCGUGAGCCAUGAGAUGUGUCCCGCCCCCGUCCCCUGGCCUGGUCCGGGGCGCGACACCUGGCCGUCGGCACCCGGCCGCCCCCGCCCCGCACGCCCGCUCCUGCUGCUGCUCCUGCUCGUGUGCCUCGGCUGCACGAUGACACGGGCCGGGCCCGGCUCGCCGCUGCACCACGACGAGUACGACGAGGACGACGGGCCCUCCCCGGCCGAGGACCACGAGGACUAUUCCGAAAAUGGCAACCACACAGAGCCACCGCUGGGCUCGACGCUGGGCGGCCCCUGCGCCGACUCGUGCUCGCCCAGCCUGCUGCACGUGCGCUGCCGGGCGCGGCGCUGCGAGUGCGAGAGCCGCUACCCGGUGGAGCUGGGCCCCACCAGGGGCUGCGCCACGCCCGCGGGCCUGGGCGAGCAGUGCCUGUACCAGGCCGCCUGCCAGCACUGGGACGCGCACUCCCGCUGCACCCAGGUGGAGCACAACGCCCUGUGCCAGUGCGAGCCGGGCUUCCACACGGUGUCCCGGGCGGGCCGCCGCAGCUUCUGCUCGGAGGACCUCGUCCUGCUGACGGCCGACCUGCCCACGCUGCUGGGCGUGGCCACGGGCAUCGCCCUCUUCACCGGCGUCAUCUGCUUCGUGCUCAGGCUCUUCGUCGGGGGCCGACCGCGGGACCACUUCGCCAACGCCAACCUGGCGCCCUCGCACAUCCUCUUCUCCAGCGACACAGGGUCCGAGAUGAGCCUGCGGCAGCUGACCGCGGGCAAGAUGGCGCUCAGCUUGUGCCCGGCUGGACCCUCGCGACUGCCGCUGACGGGCCGGUCCGCGUCGCGCUCCGGCUCCCAGCGCUCCGUGUCGGGCUCGCUGCGCGGCUCACUGCGCGGCUCGCAGUGCGGCUCGCAACACGCGCACGGCCUGCACGGCCUCCAGGGCCACGGCGGCGUCCUGGUGCCGUCCUCAGGUGCGGCUCGGGCGGCCGCGCUGCUCCUCAUGUCCACGGCCCCGAACCACAACACGCACAGCGAAGACGACGACGACGACGAGGACGGCGACGCGGACGAGGACGAGGACGAGGACGAUGAGGACGACGAGAACGUUGACGACAGCCACCCCCCGCCCGUACCGACGUCGACGCCGCCACCCCUGACGCCAGUAGAGGUCCGGCCGGCGCCGACGUCCCCACUCACGCCGCCCGACCCGGGCGAGGGCGCCGACACCGGCCAGGGCUCGGGCCGGGCCCCCCAGGGCUCGCAGGGCUCGCAGGGCGACUCCCUGGCGGGCUCCCUGGCGGGCUCCCUGGCCAGCUCCCUGGCGGGCUCCGCCCCCGCCAGCUGCUCGUCCAGCCCCACCCACCAGGCCAGCAGGACCAGGCCCAGCCUCGGGCCCAGCCCAGGUGAAGGGAGCGGCGAGUGCCGAGCGGCGCGGCCGAGCACCCGCUGCUAGCCCGGACCGGACAGCGUGCUGGACAGGGCAGCCUGCUGGACAGCACGCCCCCGGGCCCCCGGGGCCCCUCGCCCGCCUCCGUGUCGCGCGCGAGUGUCCGUCCUCGACCCGCCCCUACUACUGGUCCCCACCCCCGACGCCAGGCCUUGCCGGGCGAGCGGAAGAGCCCGUGUGUAGCAUUGUGCCGCGCACUCUGGACGUGUCAGCCGCACGCAUCCAUGAAAUGACCGGAGGGAGGAGGAGGAGGGCCUCCACUGCAAACGGGUGGUCAUAUCACUGAUUCAAGGGGGCCUCCUGAGGGGUACUUCACUCAAAAAAAAAAAAAAUCAGUGUACAACCUCCAAAUAAACCAGGAAAAUUCAGAAGAUUUUGGA